UCACCCAUCCGCUCUACAGCAGCACGACUAUCAACAAUGACAUUGCUCUGCUGAAACUGUCGUCUCCAGUCACACUGACUCCCCGUAUCUCUCCUGUAUGUCUGGCUCCAUCAACCAUCAACAUUCUGCCUGGAACCCGCUGCUUCACCACUGGCUGGGGUAGAACUGCCACCACGUGUAAGUCAUCUGUAAAACAAAAACAUACUGAGAGAAUUACAACACAUCUGUUUACUGUGCAAUGCAAUGUGUCAUGUUUUCUUCUUUUUUAGCGAGCCCUCUGAUCCUACAGCAAACAGGUGUACCCAUCAUAAGUCCUGCUGUGUGCAGGCAGAUCUGGGGUCAGAGCACUAUCACUGAUGCCAUGAUCUGUGCUGGAGCCUCUGGUUCCUCAUCUUGCCAGGGUGAUUCUGGUGGUCCUCUGGUGUGUGAGCGUUCAGGGGUCUGGUCUCUGGUGGGCUCUGUGUCCUGGGGAAGAAACACUUGUGACACCCGUUUCCCUGCAGUCUACGCCCGCAUCUCCCACCUGCGCUCCUGGAUCGACAGGACUAUCGCUUCCAACUAG